AUGGAACCCAGGGAACAUGAACACUGGCCAUUUGUAGAACUGGAUGGCCUCUCCGAUUCAGGAUUCGAAGAUCUACUUUGUAAGUACAGCGGGUGAUAAUUUUUGACCGGGGUUGAUUCAAGGCAAUUUACCUUAUUGGCUAAAUUUUACAUGUCCCCUAACUCUUUGUUUACAAACUUAAGGCAGAAAUGUUAAGUUGAAUGUUUAGAUCCGCAGAUGGCGUGGUUUGUUUAAUUCUGUGGAACCCGCCGCUAAAUUCUGAUGGUUCUAUCUAUUUUUAUAAAUUUGCAAUAUCUCCUUAGCAUCAACUAGAUUAAGAAUCUUUUUUAUUAUCACUUUCCAACUAUCAGGGCAAGUUCUUAUAGGUCUACCAUUUUGCCCUAUAUUUCUCUCUUAUUUCUCAUUUCUUUUUGGUAGCGGUUGAAUUUGUGGAGAAAAAAAUACUGUGCUACUAUCCGUGGGACUAAAGAUAGACUUUUGCGCAAAUCGGAAUAUCGUACUCAGUGUGAAUGUUCUUUUUGAAAUUGUCAUCUGAGAGACGUGUUCGAAACUACCUAAACAAAAAGAGGUCACACUCGGGUUGGACAGUGUGUUAUGACAUAGACAUGGUUCAGUGGAACACCUGAUACAGUGUUACAUGGCCGUAACAAUUUCUUCCGAUCGAUGUUAUAUUUUUGCAUUCUAGUGAAAGUAAACCCAUGGGCUUUGUGAAAACUAAUUAAAAACCAAACAUUCAAACAUUGACGUUUUUUUUAUUGACAAUAAUUAAUGUACACUAAUAUUUGCGCGAUUAUGUACAUUGCAGUCCAUGUACGUGCGUAGAGACACGGUUUGCGUACUUCGACCGGCAGCCCAGCAUAUCACGAUCACGAUCAGCAGCGGGAGUUUCUCCUGAGAAUAUCACGGGUUUUUGGUAGCUGGACAAUCUUUCCCAAUACGGAUCUAAAGCUAGGCAUACCUACCCUAAAGAAAUCAUUGUAAAAGAAUUUUCAUCAAAGUAAUGAGAUAAAGUGCAGCUAGAAGUGCUUAGGAAUUAAGUUUAAGUCUUUCGGCUCUUGCGUUGCUAACUGGCCCUUUGGAAAGACCUUGUAUGUCAUUUAGACCGCGAGCAGUCUCUUAUUUUUCUUUGCAAAGUUACUAAUCCCUUAUUGUAAUAAUAACAUCGUGGUUUGCUGUCGCACUGGAUGAGAUAAGAACUAGACGGAUUUUAAGAGAAAAGGCGGACUGCAAGCAUUCUAAUGUCAUAUUGAUUUCAAAACGUGUCCUUUUUACUUAAGCUCAUUUAUGAGGUAGAAACUGACUAUAUGUUGUGGCUCCCGACUACUAUGGGCUGCUUUAUUUUCUAGCUUUAGCACCUUGAUAUUCUGAUCGGCCUUUAAUCAUAGAGUUAAAUCCCGAAAAGCAUCUGUUUUAACACUGAGUACACGUAGGUUCAAUUUCUACUCAGCUAGCCCCUGUAAACGACAGAAAAGAAUAGAAGAGAGUGUGGAAGAAGAAAAGAAAAGAGUGAUAAUGAUGAUGAUGAUGAUGAUGAUGAUGAUGAUAAUGUUUAUCGGUGAACCAUGUGAAUUAAGUAAUGACCACUUUACACAAACAAUCAUACUAAGUGAAAUUUUCAGUUUCUUACAUUUUAUAAAUUACAGCGACGUUGAUGAAAGCUUUAUUAACCGAUGUCACUUCAUUAAAAAAGUUCUUCCAGAGAGCAGUUUAAAUAAUCAUAUGGGAUUGCUACAGAGCAGCAACGACGGCUCAAGCAACGCUUGCCAGGCCCAAAAGAGCUUGUUUAUCGAGUCCAAAAGUGAACUAAAAGCCUAG